AGACAAGGGAAACUACCACGUCGAGGGGACCAUUUGAGCCUGGUCUUUAUUUACAACAUCUUUUUAGCAGAGAGAGAAAGAGAGAGGGGAUAUUUCAGUAGUGUAACGUUUGCAUUUAUCAUUUUAUUUUCACAGAUAAUUGGUGACCUAAUUAUCGAGGCAGGAAACCUCUUGAAAAUGCUUCAGUCUCUAACCAGCAAUUCGUGUGUGCGGUUGAUACAGAGUCACAAGUCGACGUGGUAUUUUUUGUCUUUAGUCUUGGGCUAUCUUCUUUAUCUUAUAUUCGGCGCCGUUGUGUUUUCCUCGGUCGAGCUGCCAUAUGAAGACCUCCUGCGCCAGGAGCUGCGAGCCAUUAAGAAACAGUUCCUUCAAGACAAUGAAUGUUUAUCCGAGGAGCGGCUCGAGAGGUUUUUACAGAAAGCCCUUGAGGCCAGUAAUUAUGGAGUGUCCAUCCUCAAUAACGCCUCUGCGAACUGGAAUUGGGACUUCACCUCUGCGCUGUUUUUUGCGAGCACCGUGCUGUCCACCACAGGAUACGGGCAUACAGCGCCCCUAUCAGAUGGUGGUAAGGCCUUCUGCAUCAUCUAUUCUGUGAUUGGCAUCCCGUUCACCCUCCUGUUCCUCACUGCCGUGGUGCAAAGGAUCAUGGUCUUCAGCACACGGAGGCCUAUCAUGUACAUCCACAGGCGCUGGGGUCUGUCCAAGCCAUUGGUGGCCAUUGUUCAUGCCACUCUGCUCGCGAUGGUGGCCGUCUCUUGCUUCUUCCUCAUCCCCGCUGCCAUCUUCUCAGCUCUGGAGGAGAACUGGAACUUCCUGGAGUCUUUCUACUUCUGCUUCAUUUCCCUCAGUACCAUCGGCCUGGGAGACUAUGUACCUGGAGAAGCUUUUAAUCAGAAGUUCAGGGAGCUCUACAAAGUGGGCAUCACUGUCUACCUGAUCCUGGGUCUGAUCGUCAUGUUGGUGGUGCUGGAGACUUUCUGUGAGCUGCAGCAGCUGAAGCAGCUGAGGAAAAUGUUCUACCUGAAGAAGGAAAAGCCGCAGGACCGCCUGGCCAUUUUGGAGCAUGACCACCUAUCCUUCACCACCGUGUCCGACAGAACCAGUGAGGACAAAACUCAGCCGUUUGUCAGUGUCCCAGCUCUCGCCUCUCCCAGUGGGGAUGACCCCAUGAUCCAAUAAACAGAGACAGAGUGAAAGCCUACUUUACAGACGACAAUGUGAAAGUUCUUAUAAGGGUAUUGCUAGAAAGUAGAUCAUGUAGGAAUAGAUGAUAACCCUCAGUCACAUGAACAGCCCUGACAGCUUUUAGUAAACUGUGUGCUAGUUGAGAAUAUCCAGAGUAAGCAAAACAUUCUCCUUUAUUUAAAACAAAACAAUGAAAAUAUAGUGCUAUGCAGCGGAAAUCAACUUUGUAUAUAAUGAUAAGGGAUAAACUUAAUUUUGUUCGGUAGUUAUUGGUAAAAGAAAUGCCUCUUAUUGUAUUGACGUUUAAUUUGUCAGAGGGCUGACUCGCAGGAGUAAGGCUCGUUUUUCAGCUGUUAUUAUUUAUUUAAGAUAUUCAAGGAAAUUUUAGUAGGUCUGGCCUCUGAAAUCUAGCUGAAAUAUCACAAAAUUCUCUGUAGUCGGUCAAAACAUAGUACCUAAAUAUUUAAGCGAUAUUGCACAGGUUUGUGGAAUGCACAGCAUCAGGUAAGUGAUAUAAGGUCUGUAGUGCUGUCUAGAAUUACAAUACUGACGCUGGUAAAGAUGAGCUAAAAAGACAACGAAAAGAUCAACACAAACAAUGAGCUAUAAUUUGUGUUCAGACAGAUUUUUAAAUGAUGAGCCUUCAUUCUGAUGGAACAUACACAGGAAGAUUUUGUUAUUUCCAAUGUGUCAUGACCUUUUUCCUGAGAGAGUUAUUGGUACAAUUUGUUGCUGGGCUAAUUCGAGUUUAUUGCUCGAUGAGUUCUGUAAUGCUUUACUGCAGCUUUUCGAAUUUGAUCUCCCUGGUACACUGACUUACAUGGCUGAAUAAUGAAAUGUGUUCUGAAGGAGCAUAUUUCACCCUGCAAGUCAGUGGUACUCAACCUUUUUGGCGUGCACCUACCCGUGACCCCCCCAUCACAGGUCCAAUAUUUAGGUGAAUAGUCUUCCUGAAGAUUGAUGGCUUUUUCAAGUUGUUUCAUUUGCUUAAUUAUCAGAGGAGGCCUUAAAACUACCCACUAGUUCACCAGAAGACAGAACAAGAUCUGUAAUCAGUUUUUUUCUUUCCCCCAUAUUUUAAUAAUCUUGUGACCCCGAAAAAUUAUCUUGCAACCCUCUGGGCAUUUCCAAGUUACCACUUUCUAAGUUACCACUCCGCAGAAACAGAUACACAUCUUGCUCACAUAACUGUAGAUUUGCAGUACAGUCAUGGCUUUAAGCAAAUUAAUUCACUCUGAAUCUAAAGGCUUUGAUAUUUCACUAGUUACGCGUGCAGUCCAUGCCAUAUUCGUAUAAAAUAACGGCUGGACCUGAUCCACAGCAGAAAACUAGUUGAGCUGCAGAGGCACGGGCAUCUGAAAUGAAUACACUACCAACUCUGCAAGCUACACACACGUGUCAAACUUGGAAGAGGAUCCAUAUCCUGAAUGUCUAAGUGACUGGUGAAUGUGUACGUGAAGUUUUACCAAAGACCAAGCUUUUUUUAAAAAAAGAUAAGAAUAAAAGCAACUUUCUGAUUUUUUUGGCACCAAAUAUAAGCUAAAAUAAAAGAAUUACUGAGUACAGAGUACAGCCCAUUGCUCGUACUGUGUUUUGUAGCAUUUUUGGCUCAUCUUUACCAAAAGGUGUGAAUUAUUCUAGUUGCAUACUACAUUAUCACAUUUCAUAGUGAAUGAAAAAAAAAAAAAUUUGUCUGCUCAUAUAUGUUGUAUUAUCUGAAGGUGUCGCAGUGCUAUUUCAAGGUUGUUAAUGUUUGCUGAUAAGCACUAUCAUUUAUCUUUUUGCCUGAAAGGGAUUAAUGUGCCCUGGCUAUUAGAAAAGGGAAAUGAAACGUUAAUAGUCCAGUUUAAAAAGGGAACCACAGAAGGGCUGGCCCGUUGCAUUGUAUCAUCAAUAACGAGAGCUCACUUUACAGAUGCACUGGUGCCACCCAGUAGAAGACUGUUUUCAUUUUCCUUCAAAGGAAAGAAGGCACAGACAGGUUGUAUUUCAUGGGGAUGUAAAACAGGAGAUAUUUUAAAUGCUAACAUUGUUUCAUUUGUUAAUCUGUAACAGACUUGAUAGUAGCUUUGAGUAAGAGUAGAGGUUGAAUUGAAACUGUUUUUACUGUAUUUAAGAAACUUGAACAUGGCAAAAUCUAUGUUUUUAAAUGCGUCAUGAUAGGGGAUGUUUACAAAAGUUUGUUUAUAAUUAAUGAAGAUAAUUGCAUUCUAGAAAAGCUACAUCAAGGAAACUUGUAACUCUAAAUUCGAACAGCCAGAGUGCAGUUGAAACAUUUCCCAUUUUGGUUAAUCCAGCACUUCUGUUUUAACGCUGCAAAUCAACGAGUGGGAACUCCCCUUUUUUGGAACUGAAGCCUGUACAUGUACAGUUGCAAGUUUGUAUGAUAUGAUAGUCCUCUUUGUGUUUUUAAUAAUGAAAUUUAUAGGUGGAAAAAUAAUGUUCUGAUUGUAGUACUCCAUUUUGGGCAGCAGUACAUGGUUGUUCAGCAUACUGUAGUGACGCAGAGUUAUUUGUUCAAUAUUCUAGUUGGUAAAUUAAACAGAAAGUUAUGCAUUCGUUGUGCAUUUUUAUGAUGUUCCAGCUCCUCGGUGGAGCCGAAGUUCUGACCUCAUCGUUCUCUCCUCCAUUGCCACACAGUAGUAGCCUUUUAUAUAGUCUUGAAUGUAAUGUUUUUUUAAUGCUGUCAAGCACACAGUGAUCUUAAAGGCCUGACAUGGAGCCAGAGGGCAGCACCACUCCUUGCUGCGCUGCCAGCUGUGUUUAUUUUCAAAUUUAUUUAAACAUGGCAUGCAUAUUGGAAACAGUGCUCAAAGGUGACCCGUGGGACUGUGUGUUCAUAUAACCAGCAAGUUAGUGACCACUUGUGGAGUCAUGUCAGGUUCAUUUGAAUGACCAUGGUAAUCCUUCACACAACCACCAGAGCUGUAGUUCAUCUCUACAGUGGACUGGGCCUUCAUGUAAACUGUGAUGAGUUGAUACUGUGUUCAUAUUGUAAACUGAGCAAAGAAAGGGAACUUGAAUUUCUUGAGAUGUUUUUUUUUUUUCUUCUCUGUCAUUGUGAGAUGAUUUCCUGUUCAGUGGAUAUUGAAUAGUUUGGUCCUGACAUGUUGAUUCUUCAUCUUUAUUGUAUAAGUUAUAGUGUUUUGUCAUUGUACAAAUACUGUACAGCCUGUUUGUCUUGAACUUGAUGUCUGUCAGGGAAAAUAGUGCUGUCCUGGUCCAUUAGCAUUCACUGUCAUCAGGGAGUUAAGAAAUACUGUGUUAAGGAUUACAAAAACAUAAGGACAUCACUGAAGGACAUCUUUGACUUUCUUUCAAAACUAAAAGGUUUGGAAUAUUUUGGAUCACUUUACUGUACAGGAUUUCUGUAGUUAUCUCUUUAUAUGUUUCCACUAUUACAUUAUCAUAUAUACAUUAUCAUAACACUCUGUUACCAGGGUUCAGUUGGAGUAUCAAGGUUCAUGUGCAGUUAAUUUCAGUGUAUGAGAAGAAUACAUUCUCAUGAGUAUGAACUGUAAACACUUAGUGUCUUAAAUAAAGUGUUGGUUUAUUAU